AACGAACCCUAGAAGCUUAGAGAAGGAGAAAGAGGAGGAAAAUGGUGAAGUUUUUGAAAACGAACAAGGCGGUGAUCGUGCUGCAAGGGCGGUACGCAGGGCGGAAGGCGGUGAUCGUGAGAUCGUUCGACGAGGGGACACGUGAGAGGCCAUACGGUCACUGUUUGGUUGCGGGGAUAAAGAAAUACCCGAGCAAGGUUAUCAGGAAGGACUCGGCGAAGAAGACGGCGAAGAAGUCGAGGGUGAAGGCUUUCGUGAAGCUCAUGAACUAUCAGCACAUCAUGCCAACUCGUUACACCCUCGACGUCGAUCUCAAAGACGCUGUCACACCCGAUGUACUUCAAUCUAAGGAUAAGAAGGUCACUGCUCUCAAGGAGACCAAGAAGCGUUUGGAGGAGAGGUUCAAGACCGGGAAGAACAGAUGGUUCUUCACCAAGCUCAGAUUUUGAUUCUCUCUAUUCUUGUUUUGAGUAUCAGAUUUUCUUUUAUUAUUAAAAGACUAAGGGUUUUUUUUUUAUUGCUACUUUUUUUUUUUUUGCAAUUUUGUUUGCAAUGCGUUAUGUUGGGCUUUUAUUUUAAUAUAUGAGGUUUUUUAAUACAUGAGGAAAAUGAAUGCGA